CCUCCCUUAACGGACACCUCUAAAUAGCGGACACCUCUAAAUAGCGGACGUUUUUUCGGGGACGGGUACAUUUUCACCACUUUUAUAUAGGAAAACCUCUAAAUACAGGACACUCUAAAUAACGGACACUUUUAUGACAUUGAUAUUAGUUAUUUUUAUCUUAAAUUAAGAAUUACUUUAGAAUACCUGAAUAAAAACGUUAUCUUAUGUGUACAUUAUUAUACUGUACAUGAAAAUCUUAUCUGUUCAGUCAUUGAAAUAUUAUCGCGUCAACGAAGUAUUGUAACUAAUGCAUUGUCCUAUGUGCAUUUAGUUGUGUUUGUGGUGCCAACGUUUAUUGUAGUGCGAAUUUAUUUAUUUAACGUAUUGUUUAUACAAACUUUAUUGUAGUGCGCUAUGGCUAGCAAAAGAAAACGAUUAACUUUAAAAGAAAAAAUAGACAUUCUGGAAUUUCGAACAUCAAAUACAAUGGGCGUUCGUGCAUUAGCAGACAAAUUUAGUGUUAGUAAAACACAAAUUGCUGAUAUUAUAGCAAAUAAAGACGCUCUUUACAAAACUUGGGCUGAAAAUGGAGAAGAGAAACGGAAAUGGACAAAGCUACAAAAAACAGAAACCUCUAUAAUCAACAAUGAAGUAUUAAACUGGUUUUCAAAAUUACGAGAAAAAAAUCUUCCUGUUUCAGGACCGAUGCUUCAAGAAAAAAGUAAGCAAAUCGCUGAAAUGCACGGAUUCGAUUUUAAAGGCUCUAAUGGCUGGCUUGAAAAAUUUCGGAAAAGAAAUAAUAUUUCUUUUAAAUCAGUUUGUGGUGAAGCAGCAAGUGUUGAUGAAGAAGCCGUUGAUAACUGGAAAGCAAAAAUACCCGAAAUUAUAGCAAACUACGCAGAAUGCGAUAUUUUUAAUGCAGAUGAAACGGGAUUGUUUUAUAGAGUUCUACCAGAUAAAACCAUGGCGUUUAAAAAUGAGAUAUGUACUGGAGGAAAAAUUUCAAAAGAACGUUUAACUGUACUCUUGUGUACUAACAUGUUAGGUGAGUUUGAACGGCCACUCGUCAUAGGCAAAGCUAAACGUCCACGAGCCUUCAAAAAAUUGGAUAUUAACAACUUUCCCGUCAAUUGGUUUUGGAACAAAAAAGCCUGGAUGACGACUGAAAUAAUGACUGAGUGGCUUAUGAAAUUUGAUAACAGAAUGGGUCAAAAUAAAAGAAAAGUUUUACUAUUUUUAGACAACGCGGCUCCUCAUCCACAUUUAAAAAUGAAAAAUAUUGAACUUGUGUUUUUUCCACCUAACAUGACUUCUCAUUGCCAACCGCUUGACCAAGGAGUAAUCCAUCAGUUUAAGAAAUUAUAUCGUACGCAAUUGUUACGUAAAGCUGUUGCCGAUUUGGAUGCCAAUUCAAGUCAACCUAUCAACAUAAUGGAUGCAAUUUACUGGGUGUCUUCAUCUACAAAAAACAUUCAACCCGAAACAGUGAAGAAAUGCUUUUUGCGGUCUGGCUUUAGGCACCGUGAUAACAAUGUUACAGACGUUGAUGAUCUACUUACACCAAUAGAAGAACUUGGCAAUCUUAUUAAAGUGAUUGACAAUACAAUUACGGAAAAUGACUACAUAACACUAGACGAUUGCGUAGAGACUUACGACGCCGAUAUCGAAAAUUCAUCUGAUACUACGAGCAUGUCUACCCAAAAUGAAGAAGAAAGUGAUGAAGAAAAUGAUGGGUCCGAGGAUCAAGAAAUUCCAAAAAUAAGAAGUCUACGAGAGGCAUUGCUAGCAGUAAAAGACAUACGUACAUAUAUUUCUUCUAUCGAGGUACAGAAUAGUUCAUUGUUCUCAAACACAAUCCAAUUAGAAAAUGCCUUAACAUACGAAAUAACUACGCCUGCAAUUAGUAAACAAACUAAAAUGACGAUGUACAGCGACAAUGACAACGCUAUGGUAUGGAAAUUAUCGUUGUGAACCCAGUUUCAAUAGCGUAUAUAAUACGCGGAUUAUUCUCCCGGCCCACUUCGUUCAACAAGCCAAAUUAUUACAUGUUACGAUUGAAUUUGUCGGACGUCAAUUUCAAUGAAACGGCGACCGUC